AUGGAGCAAAGUACCGAUAUGGAGAAUACUUUGCAGAUCUCACCUUCAUCUUUGCUGGACCAAUCGCUGUCCCUAGAUCAAUCUUCGAUGUCGAUGGAUCAAUCUGAUAACUCAUUGCAGCUUAGCCUGUUGAAUGUCAAUCUUGGACGCUCUUCGAAUCCUGAUCAAGCCAAUCGUCAAGCAAACAACUCUACUGAACUAGACGAACUACCUCCUCCACCGGCUCCCAAACGUCGCCGCCGCACCCAGGACGAGAUGGAUGUUUUUCGUGCUGAGCAAGAGCAGGCUCGACUUUGUCGCAAGCAAGAACGUGAGAUGGCAAAACUCAUCAAAAAUCAAGAAAAGGAAGCCCAAAAGCAGGCAAGGGAAGCUGAAAAACAGGCAAAAGAAGCUGGAAAGAGAAAAGAAGCUGAUAAGAGAAGGAAAACACGAAGUGGAUCGAGAUCAACCAGAUUGAGUGGCUCGGAGGAUGCUGACUAUCGAGGCAAGCAAUUUGUGCAUAGCGACUUCGAGAACAUCUGUUCAUAUCUGGAGAACACUGAACAUUAUACCGACUUGUAUGGUGAUGGGUCAAAGACUGGGGUGGGAAUGACGAAAAUGACGAAAUCACAGGCUUUCGAUGUGUUUGCAGUGUGGAUGAAUAACACCAAUCCCGACUUGCUCCUCAAUGGCAGGAGAUUACAGCUUCGAAUCGAUCGAUACAAGAAGAAAUACUUAGAAGCUAAAUGGUUUGAGGAGAAUACCGGCGCUGGAAUCGAGAGUAGUGAAGGACCGCAAACACUUGCAGAGGCUCUAGAGAAGAUAUGUCCUUGUUUUGAUCGUAUUGACGCUAUCUUACAAGACAAAGCCAAUGUUGUUGCCAUGCUGGAAUUCGACCACUCACAACCGGGCCUUGAACUCCCUCCGAUUGACGAAGAAAGUGACGAGAGUCAAGAAGGUGAUCUCCCCACUGGGCAACAGCUUGAAACGGUUACCUCCUCAAUCAAUCGACUGGAAGAAACCGCUACGUCUGAGGCUCCUGAUCGUUUGGGCUUAGGGAGGGACCCUACCCAAGAGUCGUCAACCGACGAAUUCACCGAUUCGCUUCCAAACAGUACGCCGCUGAGCCUCUCAAUUCCUCUUGGAACGGCAACAAGAGAUCCCUCAACCCAUUCAGUUCAAGGAGAACCUCCUCGAUCAGCCAACAAUAGCUCAACCCAGCCAACAACACCGACUCCCAGUUGUGCCAAUGCGGGUGGGAGACAAUCAGCUCGUGGCCGUCAAACACCUCUUGGCAGGUGCGCCCAGUUGGCUUCGAUCUCGGCGAGUUCACCAUCUAACCCUCCUCAACAAGCGCCAAAGGUCUCGUUGGCGACUGCAUUCUCCAGCUCGGCCGACUCCAGAUUUGCGAUCAUCGAGCGUCAAAUAGAAUGGAAAGUCAAGCCUUCCGAGGCGCGGGAAAGUGGAGAAAAAGUAGACCGAAUGCACAAGGUUCUGAAAAGCUUACUGCGGGGAAUCCGGGCAUCGACGGACGCCGGGGAUCACGGCCGACUGCGGAACGGGGGUUCAGGGUAUACUGCGGAGGGGCUACAAGGAGCGGGGAGCACCGAGGGGCAGAAGCGGGGUUCGGAGCGGACCAGAGGCGGAAGCGGCGGUGGGAGACCUGCUCAGGAGCGGCCGGAGGAGUACCUGGACCGACAGACGUCGGAGGGGUGACAUGCGGAGUCCGAGGGGGUGACAGCGGAUGACAGCGCGGGAAGCAGGAAGGGACUGGAGUGUGGGAAACUGAGGAGGAGUGGGCUUCGAGGCAGAAGAGGG